AUGCGUUUGGGACUGUUGUGUCUUGUGAUCACUGUAGUGUACCUGUUUCACAUUAACGAAGGUAAGCAUGGUAUUUUUGUGCUCUUGUACGAUGGAGAGGUUGGGGAGUCCAAGUAAGGAUUUCGGGAAUCCCGACUUGGAGGGCAUCAUGGGAUAACUAGAGAGUGAUACUCGAAUCCAGACUCUGCACUGGUCCUGAUCCCAACAGUGACGUGUCGUAAAUAUUGAUGUUACCAUGGCAAUUAUAUUUUGACAGCCUUGUUUCUAAAAUUUGCUUUUCUUCCUAUAAAAAAAAAUUCCUUCUAGUUUUAUGUAUUGGAUUUUUAUGUUACUCGGAUCUAUUUUAUUAUAACCGGUAAUGAAAUCCAGGCUUUAUUUGUUGACUAAUUUGAGAAAAAAAAAAUUUCAAAUGACCAAAUGGCAGAUGCUGGGUUCCAUUUUCAACAGUGUUCAUUUCUUUCAGAUGACGUUGCUUCUUAAUCAAAUAUUCUAUAAAGAUUACCGCAAGAGUCCAUUACAGCUCCUUUCACAACAGGAUUUAAGUAAAAUGGAAUACAUACUACUUAUUAACCGAGAGUGAGGUCAUUUCAUACCAGAUAGGAGCAGAUUGUUCUGAGGUCAAUACAUCAAAACCAAAUUACCAGCGGAUAACUUAAAAAAAAACACGCGUACCUCAAUGAGUUGUACACUUGAACGUGCGAUACAGUCAUGUGACACUGGUCAGCGGGUAUCUUAUUGACAGCUGUAAAUUGACCAUAACAUGGACUGUAUAUCCUGGGACACCAUGCAAGUAAUGCCCGGUCAUAACAAAAAUAUAAUGCCCGCUUAGCAGCCAAUCAGAGCGCUCGUACUUUAGUAGUCAUGAAAUGAAGUAAAUUAAUUCACAAGAUCCAAGAUCGAUUGGGCAGAUGGUUCCAGUUCCUUCUUUAAUAACAAAUGGCGUCAUCACGACAUAGCUGCUAAAUUAUUGUUCCGUUAGCCAAGUUAAUGAUUUUAUCAGACAUAUAAAUCUCAUUAAUUGUUAGAUUUUUAUCUUCACGGCUUCUUCAGGGAGAAAGUUUGAUGAAAUUUAGGUUCUGUCAAGAUGUAGGCCGUAUCACGAGAAGUUUUAAAGUUAGAGAGGGGGACCUCCAAAGCCCCACACCGAUUGCUGGAAGCUAGUAAAAAACGGACGGAAUAUGGUUAACAAAGUAAACUUAGAUACUGAUCACAAGUGUAUGCCAGCCAGGUAUACAGUGGGUCAAAUUUUAUCAGGUUACUUACUGAAAAGUAGACAUAUUGGCUGACACUUUUCUUUUUAUUGAUUUACUAGCCUUUGAGUGCCAGACUUGCGCAGCGUCUGGAAAUCGGUUGGGUAAAGUGAUUGAAGAAUGCCACAAAAAUGCAACGACCGAAGAAUGCAAAGCUGACAUAGAAGACCCCGUAUGCGUCCUUUACCUUGAUUAUUCCGGAAGAAAGAACAAUGUCAAACGUUUUUGUGCAAGCAGAGGCGAUCUUAACACAAUCGAAAGGCGCUGUGAUAGGUCAUCGUCUUUCGAUGAUUUCUGUGCCGUGGCUAUGUGUGACGAAUCUGGGUGCAAUGCUCAGCUCAGUACUACUGGUAUGUGCGAUUAUGGUUAUUAAUAUAUUCAGUCAUAAGUAGGUUUAGCAAGAUCGUCCGGGUGAACGUAGUCUUAGGACUGUUGUUGACAGCGAUUGUCAUCUUCGUAGUCGUGUUGCGCGUUUUAAUACCCACAUCAAACUUGUCUUGCUACAGAAUCAGGUUGUUAACAGGUUUGAACAUGGGUGGUAAAACGCACAACGUCACUAUUCAACUCGUUUUGUAGCAAUGUUGCAAGACAAGUUGCACGUUUUUUUGUUGCCCGUUUUUCCGUACCUUAAGUUGUUUAUAUGUUUUUGAUCAGCGCGUUCCACCCAUAUUUCAUUUUUCUCAACUUAAUUUCACUCACAUUUCUCGCACACUUGACUCAAAAACAAAAAAUUCUUAACUUCUAAAUUUCUUGGAAAGAACAUUUUGUUGAGCGAAAACGAAUAAAGUAGACAACAGCCGCCUGCCCCAAACUUCGAAUGUUUGGCGGCAAAGCGAGAUAAAUUUGCACCCAAUUAGGACAUGUUUUUCCGUCAGGUAUACACGGCUUAGAUGCAACGCAUAACUGUAAGCAUUAUAGGGAGUACCCUAAUUGAGUUGUUGCGUUGCGAUUGUUGAGCACUGUUUAGGUGAUAAUACUUUCAACUCGCCCCAUGUAGAGUAAUCUAACUCAGCCUGAUCAUUGACACUUAGUUUUCACAUAGGGAACAAUGUUGGCUUAGGGGAGGGGUAGGUGAGCUCCAUGAUCAUUAUACGUUUCUGGGAGACUGCCCACCUACUCAUCCCGGAAGCCAAUAUUAACAGUUACUCCUCACAUAGGGCAAAAUGGUGACUUUGGGGAGGGGUAGGUAUAAUAAUCCACACUGCAGUCUUCGUGCCAUUCCAUUUUUGCCGAGCAUCAGAAAAUAUGGGAUGUGAUUUAAGAUGAUGAAAUUUUUCUACUUUUUAGUCUGUUCAGUUGAUUUAGAUAUACUUUGUAGCUGGUUGUUCUCCCUUCACUUCAAAAUUCAUAGUUUUAUUUUUAUGAUAAACACUUUUGGAUUCUGAAUUCCACUUUUUGGAUUCCGGAUUUCAUGAAUUGGAUAAUCUGGAGUCCUUGUCAGUGGAACUGUUGGACCACGGAUUUCGGAUUUCUAGGUUUGGGUUUUGGAUUGCGAAGCCCAGGAUUUCGAGAUGCUUCAAGCAAACAUUUUUUGGAUUCCUCUGGCCUGGAAUCCGGAUUGUCUUACAUUGGGGAUUCAACGCAAUGUUAGCUAAUUGCAUUCAAUGAUAUGUUUACAAUUUCAGUCAAAAAUUGUCCUUCCUGUUCAUCGAUGACUUCUCUGGAGGAUUGCAAUGGUAACAUCAAACUGAAAACUUGCCGCAGUUUCUUUAGCGACAGAUUUGCUUGCGCUGUAAUCCAGUAUAACCAAGAUUUCUACUCUCGCACUUGCAUCAGCGACUUUACUAGAGUCAGGGCUGAGAAAUUUGGAAUCUGCAUGGAAGAUCAAUGCUUGGCCAAUUUCACCUUCACAGCA